GGAGGUAGAGGCAGCAGCUGGAGCUCCCGUGCGACGCCUCUCUCUCUCUCUCACACACACCCGUGCUUGUCGGAUCCACGUGCGGCCUGCGUGACGGCAGGUGCCCUGAGUGCGCGAGCGAGGCGAAGAUCCCUGCAGGAGUGUACAGUAGGCCCACGCCACUUGACAAUGACAGAGCCCCAGUAGCAGCAUGGCCCUCUGGGAUGUUCCUAAUAGCCAGGGCAGCAGCAUGGAGCCCACAGGUAACUACUCCACUCUCAGCUCCACCUCAGCAGUCACAGAUGCUGGUGUCUCCACUGCUGCACCAGAGUCAGACAUCUAUCGCAGUUUGCAGGCUGUGCUCCGAGAGCUGGACAGCCGACAUUCCACCGCGCGGGUACACAAAGGGAUGCUGAGAUGGACUCUUCACAAAAAGGUUCAGAAAAACCCACAGUACAACCUGAUUUUAGUCAAGGUGGUCAUCAAGGAACUAGAAAAAGCAGAGAGGUUGGACUGCAAGCUGCACAUCAUCCCCCUGCUGCAUACCCUGAUCUACGCCACCAUACAGACCCCGUUCAUUCCUGACGACCUCUAUAAGAGAAUGUAUGACUUCUGUAAGAGGCUGCUGACACUGCCUCAACCAUACUGCACCGUGGGCCUCACCUACUCCAGACAGAUGAAGAUGGAGCGGGGGACCCCAGGUGUUCUAUACCAAAGACUGCUGGUUUCAGAACACAGCCUGAAGAAUGACAGCUAUCCUCUUCAGGAGAAGGUGUUUGUGUUCGCUGACCCUGCCGUGCUCGCGGGCUCCCUGGCGAAGGUGCUGAGGGUGGACAUCGAGUCGGGCCAGGGCUUCCAGAGCCCACUGGGCCUCAUGCGCUCGGCCGUGCAGCACAGCCUCCAGGCAGCGCUCGGGGAGGACCGGUGCCAGGCCGCUGCGCUGGCUCACGCCCUUCAGGGUCAGUCAUUACAGGAUGUUGAACCGUACUUCCAGGAAGUGCUGUCGGCGAUGGAGCACAGUGCGGAGGCCAGUCGGAGUGAGCGCUCCCAGCUGACCGACAGGCUGCAGACACUCUACACUGAGAUCCUCAGGUCCUCAGUUGACCAAGCUCCAUUGUCCCACAGCUCGCCGUGUGACGUUCCGCUUCCCAAUCCGGAGAUGAGCUUCCACAUUUGGAGUGAGGAGGAGGAACUCUGGCGAGAGCUGGCCAAGUUCAUCCGCUCCAACUCCUUCUGUGAGCCCUUCUCCUUCCCGGAGGACUUCAUGGCCGACCUGUCGACUGACCUGGACCCCGAGAUGCCUCGCCACUCCGUCAUAUCCACCGACAGCGGCAUCGAGCGCGACCUGCCUGAGGCGACGGAGCAGGUGGCACCCUCGUCGGGGCGGCUGUCUCGGCGCGGGGGCAUGAAGGUCAAGCCCUCGGUGACGGACAGCGUGGCGCUGAUGCAGGACGCGUUGGAGGAGACGGGCGCGUGCGUGUGGGGCGCCGCGGGCAGCGGGGCGGGCAUGCUGCAGAGACGCGCGGGCACCAGCGCCAUGCCCUUCCCCAAGCAGCAGCAGCGCCAGUUCACCGCCCGCAUCGUCAUGAUGGGGGACGACAGGGUGCUGGGCAGGAUGGCCAGGGCUUACUACUGGUUCAGGAAAAGGGAAGCGAGAAGGCAGUUCCUCACAGCCAAAAUCAACCUGCAGAUUUACUACAUCCCUGUUUCUGACCAGACCAGCUCCCCAGCCAAAGAGAAUACCUCAAGCGUGGCGAGCAGCCCUUGCUCCCUGGCGUCCUACUUGGGUAUGGUAGAUCCGUGGUACGAGUGCAACAUAACCAGUCUGGGCCACAUGAUUCCCAAGCUUGCCAAAACGCAUUCCAGCCCUGGCAUGACAUGUGAGCCCAACCCCUUCCUCUCUGAUGUCAUCUCUUACUAUGUGCGCACUGCACUGCAGCCGGUCUACUUCACCAUCUAUUACAUCAAGAUCUCAUUUUCUAACCUCACAAAAGAGCCAGUAGAGGAAGUGUUCCUCUCUCAUCUGGAGCUGGACUUCCCUGAUUUUAAAGCCCUCCAAGCCUCUAUGAAAGACAUGUCCAUGAGACAGAAGAGGAAUUCUCCGGAAGUCUAUGGUGCCGCCAUCUCAGUCAACUACAGAAAGGUGUCGCUAAGCAACAGGGAGGUUGACAAAAGCCUGUCACUGAGGGCAUCUGGGGUUCAGAUCUGCGCCAUUCCCCCAAAUGAAACCGAGGAUUUCAACUGUCUUACUGUUAGCUUUACUGACAUGAAACCCAAAAGUAGCUUGGAACCAAAGAUUUGGACCUGUGACAUAAGAAUCAGGUCUCUAGAAAGAACAACAUUCACUGUUUGCCUGGACAAUGACUCACGCAGGACUUUUAAAGAUGUUCAAAGUAUUGAGAUUGCUCCCUGUCUUGAUCCGGGAUACUGCCUUCAAAAGACAAUGAGGUCAAAGUUUAAUGUCGCAGACGACAUUGAGGCUGGCCUUAGCAAGUACAUAAACAAGCGCCUGUCGCUGCCUAUUAACACAUUUGCUGGCAUCAUUCAUUGACAAAAAGACAACGGGACAGAGUGGACAGUGGACACCUCUGCUGGUCACUUCAUGGAGGUGGUGAAGACACCAGAACCGUAGACACUGGAACCGCCAGCCUUGUCACGCCAUUCUGAUGGACUACCGUUUAAGAAAUAACUUCCCUUUUCACAUGCAACAAUCUUUGAAGAACACAGGCUGAUCAUGUGUAAAGAAAUCAUCUUUAUCCUCACAGAAAGCUGAAACACAAGUCAGUUCAUAGUCAUUCAAAAAUGGCUGGGUGCUUGGAGUGAUAUGAGGGACUAUGGGGCAAUAGCUGAACCAUACUGUGCUGUAAUGUACUAAUCUAUCAAUACUGGUAUAGCAAUAUUGUAUGAUAACACCUCUCUCUCUCAUCCAUUGCUCAAUCCAUAUGACACUAAUAUUGAUGAUUCAGUGGUACCUGUACUUAGCAUGUGGUAUGAUUCAUUUCAGGUGCAUAUCAGUCCUUUUUCGUCUGGUUAGGUAUGCUUUUGUCAUUUAGUGGUUUGAAGACCUAGUUUUCAAAAGCUAUUCUUCAUAUCUAACAUUUCCUGUUUCAGUUUAAAGGUAGAUUCCUCAAGUCUAAUUCGGUACACGUUAGUACACUCUCUGUCAAAUGUAACAAAUGGCUCAUCAGGGCCCUCUAGCUGUUGGUUCUGUCUGUGCACUUCAAAACACCUCUAGUGUUCAUAGACUGCCCUGCCCUUGUAAGUGGGAAUCAAAUAGUCAUAAACAUUUCUAGCCAAAUAGCCCGUUGCUUUCAUGACCACAGACGGGAAGGGUGAAAUUUGGUUAUUUUGUUAUUUCACCAACAAAGGUGGGUGUUGAAGUCAGUGUGAACACACUCUGAGCAAAUGCGUCAUGGACUUUUUCACACGCUCAACCUUUUUUUUCAGUAGAAAAGGAGGACUCAUCAUUCUUGUUAAUUGUUUAUGUGUUUUGCACAUGUUUUUGCACACACUGGUCUUCCGUGAGAGCCUGUAAACAUGCACCAAAUGGGGCUGAUAACAGACCAGCACAGACACAGCAGCCAAUGGCAAAGCUCUGUGCUUGUUUGAAGCAGUGACUGCAGACUGUGUGGUUUUCAAGGCCAAGUAUCGCUCCACUUUAUAUAAAUUGUGCAAUAUCCUGUGAGAUCAGUCAUGAUUAUGUAAAAGAAAUGGCAUGUCCAAUUUGAUAAGGGUUUUUAAAGCAUUUUCAUGACAUUGCCUGUAGUGUAAUUUGUAAAUCAAGACGUUUUUCCAGUAGGCCCUACCUUCUUUGAUGUGAGAUAUUCAGAAUUCAUCAGGAUAUGAAACUGCACAAAAUUGCCUCAGCUGACAAUAACAAACCUCAGCAGACUUUGAGCAAAAAACAUUAAUCAAUGAACCUAAAUUAGCCACCAAAUGCUUACUAAUUAUGCUAUCACACAUGAUCUUUUAAUGUGAAAACAGACUACACACACAUACACACACACACACACACACACUAUAUUUAAACAUGUAAAGGUCUACAGUUACUCUUUUUGUAAUUUAUUUUAUCAUCAUUUUGUAAAUGAUGUUGCUUGUACAUAUGUAUAGGCCUACUUUAUGUAAAUAGACAUAACAUUUGUAACUCAACAUUAAAGUAUUAUGUUUGUAGAGAA